CCACAUACUUCGCCUUCGAUCAUGGGCAAUGUCAGCUCGUCCUUGGACGAAUAUCCAACUUUUAUGGAAAGUAGAACAGAGUCACAGAACUCGUUCAUUAAUCUGACUUGUUCACUGUCUCAAGUUCGAAUCACAGAAAUCGCAGUUUCGACAUCUGUCCACGAUCCAUACAUAACGUUUCCCGUCACAUCAACAGGUAUCACCGCGAUUCCUAAAACAGUCGAGCUACUAGAGUUCAUACAAGAUCCAUAUGUCAAGUCAAUAUCACCAAACAGGUUUUUGCUUAAACUGGCAAAAGAUAAAAAGCUAGAGUUAAAGUUCAAAAUCAGUAUUGGAAAGGACGAAGCAAAUAAAACUGAUGUGAAAGGUCUCACAUUUAUCAAUGCUGCAGGCGAAAAGGAGUUGGAAAGGAUAUUAACUGUAGAGUUCAAUGAUGAUCCUAAUCUUCAUAAGCAUCCUAAUGUGACGCUGGUUGGAAAUUACGAGGUUAAUGAAACUCAAACAGAGAUAGAAUGGACGUGGAUGUGGUCACCUCCUCAUAAUAUUGAUGAGGUUUAUCGUGGUUGGAGAAAUUACUGCUGUUUUUCCGAGUAUGACGCAAAAGAUAACACGUUUCAAUUAUUGGCAACUUUCACGUUUUGGGUCGCUGCAAAUACACGGAAUCAUUACCAUCGCGCCUCAAAGAGCUUUGAAUCCAUUGAUGGAAUAUCGUAUUUGAUGUCUAGUGGCACUGGUACCUCUUCCACACUUCCAUCAUCCACAUCUACACCGUGGUCACCAAGCCUUCCACGUAGUAUUCGUCCAUCAAGUCCAGAAAAUGUGUACCUCCCAGUACCCGGCAUAUCGUCGGGAGCUUCAUCCGCUUCAAGCGGUGGUAGGCGAUCAUCGGAUGACGUAAUGUUCCAACAUGAACCCGAAGAUGGGCCAUUGUUUCGGGCAACAUUGUCUUCUUACGAGAAGAAAACCGGUUCGCUGAAGCAAAGUAUAAAAAGAGUGCUGAAGGCUGCUACUGCUUAUCAUGACACUAUCAUGGAUAAUAACGAGGCCGAUGACGAAUUCAUAUGUGCGUUACGAGCAGCUGCUCAGAUACAUCCACAGGCAUUUCAACCUAUUCUAGAUAGCUAUCUCGAAGAAGUUUCCAAGAAAAUCACAGGAUUCAGGGAAAGUUUUGCAAACCAAAUGUCUAACUUAUUGAUAGAACCUCUUAGGAAAAUGUAUGAAAAUGACAUUAAAGUUGCUGAAAGCAAAAAGAAAGAUUUUGAGGAGGAAUCUCGUGAUUAUUAUCAGUUCCUUUCCAAGUAUUUAUCUUUGAAAGUGGAUACCGCGAAAGAAAAGAAAAAACUUGAAACUGAUUCGAAAUAUCAGAACAAACGAAAAAAUUUUGAAUUGAAGCGAUUCGAUUAUUACGCUUAUAUGCAAGAUCUGCAUGGAGGUAGAAAGGAUCAAGAAAUUUUAUACCAUUUAACGAAUUUUGCUGAAAAACAAUUUGCGUUCUAUCAACAAACUUCAACGGGCAUACAAAGUCUAAAACCGGCGUUGGAUAAAUUAGCAGUUUAUCUAGCUGAAACAACAAAAGAAAUACAUUUGAUGAGAAAAGAAAGGGAAGAAAGACGUCGAGCACUUGAGACUCGAACAGCGACUAUGGGUCCUUUUACAAGCGAGACUUUUAACGAGAGUGAAAAUUCUAACCUGUUAGUCGGUGAUGCGAAUGAUGGUAUGGAGAGUCAACCUUCAAACACGGUUGGGUUACUAAGUACAACGCAGAAUCGGUUCAAGGGGAUCCGAGAUUUGGAGCAUCAUGACUCUGAGUCAACUUCGACCGCGGGCAGGAGGAAGGAAGGUUUCUUGUUUGCUACAUCGCGAGCAACACAGCACGGAUCCGUCGACCCUAUUUCUAAGACAACUUGGCACAAAUAUUGGUGCGUUUUAGCUGGCGGCCAACUCUGUGAGUACAGUAAUUGGAAAAAACAGCCCGAAACUCACAACGAACCAAUCAAUUUACGAUUUGCAACUGUAAGGGAAGCUAGGGGUGCUGAUCGAAGGUUUUGUUUUGAAGUGAUAACUCCUCAAUUUCGACGUAUAUAUCAAGCAACCUCGGCCGAAGACAUGAAUUCAUGGAUUACCGUCAUUUCGAAUGCGAUCGAGAGUCUGCUCAAUGGAACAAGUAGUUGUCGUAAUUUAGAUCAAGUCUUGACUCAAGAUAGCAAUGUCAAUGGUGGUGGAAAUUUUUUCACCAAAAAAGGCCUUCAUCGGAGAGGAACACUACCCAGUCGUUCGGAAAAAAAGAAAACCGAUGUUAAAAAAGGGACAACACCUGCAUCUGGGGGUGAUCAAACAAUAUAUACUCAAUCAGAAGGACAGAUUCGUCAAGAAUUGGAAGACAACGACAAAUCAGCAAAAAUUCUAGAAGCUAUUAAAGGAGCUGAUGUUUCAAAUGCAUCGUGUGCUGAUUGUGGUGCGCGGAAGACAGAAUGGUGUUCAAUCAAUUUGGGAAUUGUGUUAUGUAUAGAAUGCUCUGGGAUUCAUCGUAGUCUGGGCACGCAUAUCUCCAAGAUCCGGUCACUUACUUUAGACACGACCUCUUAUACACCCGAUCUUAUUCAAUUAAUAAAGUCAAUUGGAAAUGCGCGUUCUAAUGCAAUUUGGGAGGCCACACUUCAGUCACCCGAUAAACAACUUGAGACGGAAACACCAUCAACGGCAAAUGUUCCUUCGAAAAAACAAGAAGAAACCGCAGAGCCUCUGGAUUCUGAUUGGGUAGAACUUAUAAAUAUGAUAACACCGUCAGUUAAAGCCUCUUCGGCACCAUCGUCUUCGACUCCCUCUCCAACACCGUCUCCCACCCCUAAAGUUGCAAAAGGAAUGCACAAACCAUCAAGCACCGACUCUCGAGAAAUCAAGCAAAAGUUUAUCACGGCAAAGUAUGUCGAUAGGGUUUUUGUUGAUACAUUACUUGUGGAUGAAGACAGGACAGCAACCGAUCUUCUUUUUGAAGCUGUGAAGAUUAAUGACUUACCUCAGGCAAUGCAGGCCAUUGCAUUGAAGGCCGACAUAAAUGCUGCUCGCAGAUUUGAGGUAGCCGAUGAUCAUGGUCUGAAAACACCGUUGUUAUUGGCCUUACUCCAUAUCGAUGAUUCCUUGAUGAUUGUAGAAGGUGGUAGGACGUUAUUUCCAAUGGCCGAAUUAUUGAUACAGAACGGAGCCCACGUCGAGAAAGUGUUAUUCGAUAACCUUGAAGAGACUCUUGGCGUCGUAUCUCAGCCGAUCACACGAGGUUCGGCGAAAAGUGUUGGCACCUGGGCAGCCGAAGUUGUCAAUGACAUGAAGAAAUCAGGCAAAACCGUUUUUGAUGUUGUACAAUCAAAUGGCAAUAUAGCGGCGAUAAGAUAUCUCACACCAAAGGUACUCGCUAGGGGACCUAUAUCCGAUUUGAAUGCCAAUAGUUCGAGUUCUUCGGUAUCCACAACAAGCACUGGAGGCGUGGUAGGUGGAUCCGUAAUCGAAAGAAAACCAUCGCCAACAUUGGGCCGAUCGAUAUCAGUUUCAUUUAAAAACGCCCUAUUGUGA